UCUGCACUCCACUCGGUGUGAUACCCACCAUGUUUUCCUCGGCGGAUAUGUAUCCGAUGCCUUUCUUCAUUCUCCUCCCCUAUCUAUCUGCUUCCUCGAUCUCUUCGUCCUCUUCCGAACCCCCUUCAUAUACUCACCUUGAAUCCUUCGUAUGCUACUAGUAUAGUAUAGCGCCGUAUCCUGGCAUUGCCAGCUCCCGCUUCUUUCGAGUAGUCCGUCCGUCCGUCCGUUCGUGUGCUUGUGGCGAACUUGUUCUUGGCAGCUGGUUCAAUCUAUUCGACUGUUAACAGCGUUGCUUUUACCUUGAUGAUGUGCUCUGUUCUUGGAGCCAGCCAGCACAAGGAAAUCAUAGGAGCGUAGCUGUCUUUUCGCCGACGGCCGACGGAUCCUGGUCGAGCUCGGGAGCGCGGCAGCCAUGGAGCCCGGAAAGCGGGAGACAUGGCGGACGACGAUGCUGCUGGCGUACCAGAGCCUGGGGGUGGUGUACGGGGACCUGAGCAUCUCCCCGCUCUACGUCUACAAGAGCACCUUCGCCGACGACAUCACCCACACCGACUCCAACGACGAGAUCCUCGGCGUCCUCUCCUUCGUCUUCUGGACGCUCACCCUCAUCCCGCUCCUCAAGUACGUCUCCAUCGUGCUCCGAGCCGACGACAACGGCGAGGGCGGCACCUUCGCGCUCUACUCCCUCAUCUGCAGGCACGCCAACGUCAGCCUGCUCCCCAACCGCCAGCUCGCCGACGAGGAGCUCUCCACCUACAGCCUCGAGCGCCCGCCGGAGGAGGUCGCCCACGGCUCCCGCGUCAGGCGAUGGCUCGAGGCGCACCGCAGCCUCAAGACCGCCCUGCUCGUCAUGGUCAUGAUCGGGACCUGCAUGGUCAUCGGCGACGGCGUCCUCACCCCCGUCAUCUCCGUGUUCUCGGCUGUUUCUGGGCUUGAGCUCUCCUUGUCCAAGCAUCAGCAUGAAUAUGCCGUCACUCCGAUUACUUGUGCCAUAAUAGUGUUCCUGUUUGCGCUCCAGCAUUACGGCACCCACCGCGUCGGGUUUCUCUUCGCUCCCAUAAUUCUAGCCUGGCUGAUCUGCAUGAGUGCGCUUGGCGUGUACAAUAUCAUCUACUGGAACCCUCAGGUUUACAUGGCACUCAAUCCCGUAUACAUGUUCAAAUUCUUGAAGAAGACCAAGAAGUCUGGUUGGAUGUCCCUGGGAGGGAUUCUGCUCUGCAUGACAGGAUCUGAAGCAAUGUUUGCAGAUCUUGGCCACUUCUCCUACAGUGCAAUCCAGCUUGCUUUCACUUCUUUGGUGUACCCUGCACUGAUCCUAGGAUACAUGGGUCAAGCUGCCUAUUUAACCAAACACCAUGACUUCGACUCAAGCUACCAAAUUGGAUACUACAUCUCAGUUCCAGAGGCUGUGAGAUGGCCAGUGCUGGUGCUGGCGAUCAUGGCGUCGGUGGUCGGAAGCCAAGCGAUCAUCAGCGGCACCUUCUCCAUCAUCAACCAGAGUCAGGCCCUGAGCUGCUUCCCGCGGGUGAAGGUCGUGCACACAUCGGCGAAGGUCCAUGGCCAGAUCUACAUCCCGGAGAUCAACUGGAUGCUCAUGGUGCUCUGCAUCGCGGUCACCGUCGGGUUCCGCGACACCAAGCACAUGGGGAACGCGUCGGGGCUGGCGGUGAUCACGGUGAUGCUGGUCACCACGUGCCUCACGUCGCUGGUCAUGAUGCUGUGCUGGCACCGGCCGCCGGUGCUGGCGCUGGCCUUCUUCGUCUUCUUCGGAUCCAUCGAGGCGCUCUACUUCUCGGCAUCACUCACCAAGUUCCUUGACGGCGCGUGGGUGCCGCUCCUCCUCGCGCUCAUCCUCGUCGCCGUCAUGUUCGUGUGGCACCACACCACCGUCAAGAAGUACGAGUUCGACCUCCACAACAAGGUCACCAUGGAGUGGCUCCUCGCGCUCUGCGACAGGCUCGGCAUGGUCCGCGUCCCCGGCAUCGGCCUCGUCUACACCGACCUCACCUCCGGCGUGCCCGCCAACUUCUCCCGCUUCGUCACCAACCUCCCGGCCUUCCACCGCGUGCUCGUCUUCGUCUGCGUCAAGUCCGUGCCCGUGCCGCGCGUGCUCCCCGCCGAGCGCUACCUCGUCGGCCGCGUCGGCCCGCCGGGCCACCGCUCGUACCGCUGCAUCGUGCGCUACGGGUACCGGGACGUGCACCAGGACGUGGACUCGUUCGAGACGGAGCUCGUCGAGAGCCUUGCGUCCUUCAUCCGGCUCGACGCGCUCUUCCGGUGCAGCGACGCCCGCAGCGACGCCGACUACGAGCGCGAGAACGCCUUCACCGUCAUCGGCAGCAACCCGCUCCGGCGCCGCAUCAGCUACGACGACACCCACGACAGCGCGUCGUCCGUGGAGAUACGCGUGGAGAGCCCGACGGGCAGCAACGGGACGAACACCAUGGAGCUCACGGCCAUGCCGGCGGCGGCGCCGCGGGUGGUGAAGAGGGUGAGGUUCCUUGUGGACCCCGGGAGCCCCGACGUGGAGGACAAGCAGAUGCUGGAGGAGCUCCACGAGCUGUGCGAGGCGAGGGAGGCCGGCACGGCCUUCAUCAUGGGCCACUCCCACGUGAAGGCCAAGCCCGGGUCGUCGCUGCUCAGGAGGCUGGCCAUCGGGUACGGGUACAACUUCCUGCGCCGGAACUGCCGCGGCCCGGACGUCGUGCUGCGCGUGCCGCCGGCGUCGCUGCUUGAGGUCGGCAUGGUCUACGUGCUGUGACUCACAGACACGGGGCUUCUGUUCUGUCUCUAGCUUCCGGACAUGCUGCUGUAAAUUGUAACGUGACGGCGUGGUGCGCGAUGGAAAUAUUAUGUUUUGAUUUGAUGAAAUGCAAAAAUCAUAUGCGGUCGCGGGGUGAUAAUGCAAAGAUCGACCGCCUGAUA